CUUCUCUGUUGCUGUGUUCGCUGUUUAUCGUGAAUAAAUUGUAACGAGCCACGAGAAAACCCGAUUGGAUUUUAGACAUUUCGAGAUGAGUGCGGGCUCCACACCAGUCUCCCGGAUACGUCCAGGAUGGACGUCAUCCUCUUUGAAGAACAAGGGUCUGUCCCCUGCAUCCUGCAGCACCCCACUGCUGACGGCCUUCCCCGGCAAUGACGAUGAGCAGGAACGACGGCAGCGUCGACGGUCAAGAGUCAUUGACCUUCAAACUGCCACUGACUCAUCCUUUAAUGACUCUGCAUCUCAUAGUGCCUCAGAGACUCCGGCUUCUGUACCAAAGCUGUCAAAUGCACAGAUCUCAGAGCAUUACUCCACCUGCAUCAAACUAUCCACAGAGAAUAAAAUCACCACCAAAAAUGCUUUUGGUCUUCAUCUGAUUGAUUACAUGGCUGAUAUUCUCAAACAGAAGGAUUCUGAGGUCACAAACUUCAAGGUGGCAGCUGGCACUUUGGAUGCCAGUACAAAGAUCUAUGCGGUGAGGGUGGAUGCUGUUCAUGCUGAUGCCUACAGGGUGCUGGGAGGCCUGGGGGCUGAGACCAAACCAGGAGAUGACCAUGGUCCGAAUGAGGAGGACGGAGAUGAUGGUGAAGUGACUGCCAAGCAGCCGAAGAAAAAGAGACCCCCGAAGAGGACAGUAGAGCGGAACCUAAGCAACAUCAAUAGUGCAGAUUCUGAAAGAAAGUGUGAGGUGGACCCCAUGUUUCAGCGGAUGGCCUCAUCGUUCGACGAGAGCAGCACGGCCGGAGUCUUCCUGUCGGUUCUCUUCAGCGAGAACAGUCGCUGCGAGCUGCUGUUUCCCUCCUACAUGACCCUCCUGCAGUCCAAACCCUCAUACUCUCCUCCACCUCCGCAGGGAGUCCCUGCUUCCCCGUUCAUGGCCGGACUGCAGCGUUCCAAGGAGAAAAGCUCCAUCUGCCCCUCACUUCAGGACUUUUCCUUCAUGAGCUGGAACCCGGAGCAGACCAUUAAUCAGCUCUUGGAGAAGAUUAAGCAGGGGGAACACGUGUUUGAUGUGAACGCUGAGCCUGAGCCCGAAGAAGAUGACGGCCCUGACUUUGACGCUGACUAUGAGGAGGGAGGGGGUGACUGUGAGGAGAGAUCUAAGGAGUCCAAGGAAGGUUGUGAGGCCUCUGGCUCCGGCAAAGGAAGGGAUGUGAUUCCCAUUGGAGAAGGAGACAUCGCCACGAUGUGUCUGCAGCUGUCCUCUCAGCCCAGGGAGUAUUCCUACUUCAGCCCCAGGACCAUGGCCACAUGGGUCGGACCCGGCUACUGGCAGUUCAAGCCAAAGCACAAGUUGGACCAUUUGCCAGACAAGGAGACGCGUAAAAGGAAGCCCAAGAAGACCUUUGAAAUCGACUUCAAUGAGGAUGUCAACUUUGACACCUACUUCCGCACCACACGGGCUGCCACCACCAACAGCAAGUCUGCCCUCAGUGCCAGCAACAGGAAAACUACUCUGCCGGCAGAAUUCCAGUUUCCCCCAGAGACGUUGUCCCAGCUCAGCCUCAAACCCUCCAGCUCGUUAAGUCAAGAAGGCCAGAAACGGCUGUCUGGAGAGCUCGGGGAAGGUAUUGGAGACUACGACUACAACAACGCCAACGACACAGCCAACUUCUGUCCAGGUCUUCAGGGCGGCGACAGUGAUGAUGAUGGCGAAGGGUUUGCCGGUUCAGACGAUACACAGCCUUCGAGUGACAGUAUACCUGCGCCCUCACAAGCUCAAGAGGGUAUCGCAACCUACGGGGAGGACGAUCUGGUACCUCAACCAUACAGGGUCAAUAAGAUUGAGAUACAUUAUGCCAAAACAGCAAAGAAGAUGGACAUGAAGAGACUCAAAAACAACAUGUGGAGUCUUCUGACCGAAAGCUCCGAGAAACCCACAGAGGAGGAGGAUACUGUGGAGCAACCAGAAGUGUGUGGGGAGAAAGUCUUCAGUCAGACCACUCAGACGCUGCUUCAAAGAUUGCCCAACAUGAUGGCUCAGAACCUGUCGGUGCCUCUGGCUUUUGUUGCUCUGCUUCAUCUCGCCAACGAAAAGAAUUUGGAGCUGGUGAGGGUUGAUGACAUGUCCGAUAUCAUUAUCAGACAAGGCCACUGAGGAAUGAUGGAAUGUUGCUUGGAACAUCGCUGCUGUUCUCUACUUCUGUCUUUUUUUAAUCUUUACUGUUUUUCUGUUGUACCUCUGUGACACUCGCUUUUUUAGAUGUAUUGCUUUUUAUGGUAUAAAAAAAAAACUCUUUAAAAGUAAUUCUGCCUCUCCUCCUUCACUAGUAUUUCCUUCUUGUAUUAUUCUGUAGAUAAUUUAACUGCUCAACCACCAUACAAAAAUGUAUAUUGUCAAAAUAAAUAAAAGCCU